UCGGGAGGAGGGACAGAGGCAGCGAGAGGAGCCCGGGCUGCGGCUGGCACCGCCCGGGGCUGGCGAUGCCAGGGAAGGCAGCGGAGGAGCCGCCAGGUCCCGGCAGGUGUUUUCCCUCUUCCAGUGCUGGUGGUAGAAGAACAGUUCAAAGGAUUUUGACAGCAUGCAUGGUGUCCCUCUGCAGCCUCCUUGGGGCCAUUUCUUUUGAUUUGAGCAACACCUUGGAAAUAUGGAAAAGCACAGGCAGAGCCCUUCAGGAGCUUGCCUCCUGCGAAAACCUUUGGGCUGCUCACCUCGUCUCUCUGCUGCAGGAAGAGAGGCACAGCUGGCUGCUCCCAGCAGCAGGAGCAUGGAAUAGAUCAUUCCAUUCUCAGCUCCUGGGGAAUUUAAACUCCCUCUGUAUGGCAAGUGAAGCAGAACUGUACUGUGAGAAUUGCCAGUGCAAGGAGGAGAAACUCUCCAUUUGUAGAUUUUACAUGACUGCCUUGAGACACAAACUGAAUGUCUCAGGGAUCACUGAAGCAGGGCAGGUGCUGUCCAGAGCAAUCUCUGAACUGCUCGAGCGUUUCAGGAGUCCCCACGAGGACCUGAAAGCCAUGAGACACAAUCCUGACUGGGCAGACACAGUGGCUUUUAAACUCUUCCUCCAAAUCAGAGAAGCUGUGCUCAAAGCUCAGCCCCUGCCAGCACCUGCGAGCCUUCAAACCACGCUGCAGCAACAUCUUGCCACUCUGAGCUAUGCUCUCUUCUCCUCAGAGACUGCACAGAAGUGCUGGACAGAUAAUGUCAAUCUGUCACUUCAUUUCACCCAUGGUGAAGGAAUCCCUUUCUUUACCCCCUUCCUGGGCUUGGGUGACUUUGUGUCCCUGGAAGCAGCAGGGAGGGGACUGCAUUCUGCACAGAGCUGUCUGCUGCAGGAGGGGCAGGAAAAGCUGCACAGGAAAUCUAGGGAAAUCCUGUCCACAGUGAGCCUCAAGAUCAGCCUGCUGGUGGUUGCCUGUCUCAUUUACCCCAUUGUGCUGGUGUCCUUCAAGCAAAUGACAGACUGGAUACACAAUUAUGCCAGAAACCUCAAGGAGAAGACAGAGGACUUGAAAAGGGAGAGGCGCCUAGCUGAGGACCUCUUGCACCAGAUGCUGCCAAAGUCUGUGGCCAAGCAGCUAAGGAAAUGCCAAAAAGUUGAGGCAGAAAACUAUGACCAGGUGACGAUCUUUUUCUCUGACAUCGUGGGCUUCACAAGCAUUGCUGCCUCCUGCACUCCCCUGCAAGUGGUUGAGAUGCUCAACAAUCUGUACGUCUGCUUUGACACCAGGAUUGAGUCUUAUGAUGUGUACAAGGUGGAAACCAUUGGGGAUGCCUACAUGGUAGUGAGCGGCCUGCCAGAGAGGAAUGGCACCAGACAUGCCGACGAGAUUGCCAAAAUGUCCCUGGAUCUGGUGGCAGCAGUGCGGCAGGUGGUGAUCCCUCACAUGCCAGCAGGCAGGCUGGAGCUGCGGGCUGGGAUCCACACAGGGCCCUGUGUAGCUGGAGUUGUGGGGUACAAAAUGCCUCGUUACUGCCUCUUUGGGGACACUGUGAACACAGCUUCCCGCAUGGAAUCCACCAGCCUGCCACAGAAGAUCCACAUCAGUUCUGCUACAUAUGAAGCCCUUCUCACAGAUGAUGCAUAUGAAAUUGAACUGAGAGGAGAAAUUGAAGUCAAGGGCAAAGGGAAAAUGAAAACCUACUGGCUUCUUGGAAACAAGAACUACAGUGUUCAAAAUGACAGCCUGGUGUGCCACUGGAAUCCAGCAAUCUCCAAGAAAAAAAAGAUGGAAAGCAGCCAGGGAUCUGUCCAACAAGGUCUGUCCAAAUUGUUAGAUGAGGACCUGGAGCAUCCCCCAGCCUCAGAAGAGUGGGACCAUGAGCAGGAUGAGCUGGUGCCAGCAGGUGCCUUGGAUCAGCAGGACACUGAACUCCAGUGGGUCCCAAACCCCAGGGAGCAGCCCAGGAGCAUUUCCACGGGUGACACUGCCAUCUGGAGAUUCCUCAGCGACCUCCUGGGCUCAUCCCGUAGGUACCAAGGCAGAAGAAAGAAGAGCCUCCCCAGGGGCUGUUUUGGUGUCAGACUAGACAGAAUUGGAUCUCUGAGUGGACUAGGAUGCUGA